AUGAUAUCAUCUACCAAGAAACAAGGUUGGGACGAUCCGCUAAUAGAGUCUCUUCGACAUGAAUGGGAAUCGUGGGUGAAGUCUUUAACCCAUUUGGAGGACUUUCGUGUUCCACGAAAAUACAGCCAAGUUUCAAUUUCCAAUGCUACAGGUCGUGAAGUGCACAUAUUCUCAGAUGCAUCCAAAGAUGCUAUCGGAUCUGUCGCCUACCUCAAAUUGUACAGUGAGGACUCUGUGGACGAGCAGCUCGGAUUAGACUCGGACUCUUUUCAUUACUACACCGAUAGCCAAGUCGUGCUUGGAUACAUCACAAAUGAGACCCGCAGGUUGUAUGUAUACGUUGGGAAUAGAGUCAGUCGCAUUCGCAGGACGAGCCGUCCCAGUCAAUGGAACUAUGCUACUUCUGAUCAAAAUCCUGCCGACAUUGCCACUCGUUCUAUUGACGCUGCAAACCUAUACAAAAAUAGGUGGAUUAAAGGCCCAGAGUUCCUUAUGUCAGAGUCGCGGGAAUUUGUUCCGUACCCUAUGAUCGACCCAGAUUUGGACAAAGAUGUUUUGCCUGAGUUACAAACUUGCAAGACCGAGGUGACUGGAAACAGCAAAUCAGCACUUGUUGCCAAGUUCAACAAGUUUUCUGACUGGGGAAGUCUUGUUCGUGCCAUAGCAUACUUAAAGAACUUUGCUAGGCGUUGUCACUUGCCUGAGGAUUCUGGAUCGCUAGGCAGCCGUUCAGAUCCAAGUUUUCUGGAGGAGACAAAACAGUACAUUAUAAAAACUGUUAAGCAGGACGUUUACAGUGCCGAGAUAAAUGCCAUUCAGGAAGGAAAACACCCACCUGCAGAUAGCAGUCUGCUACCUUUGGCACCUAUCUUAAACUCUGAUGGACUAUUGUGUGUGGGAGGUAGACUUGCUAGACUUAAGAACUGCAACGUUGUUGAUGAAUUACAUCGUCAUCCUAUCAUCUUGCCCAAACAUCAUCAUAUAUCUGUCCUCUUGGUUCGUUUCUACCAUCAGAAAGUUUGGCAUCAAGGACGACAUUUCACGGAAGGUUCGGUACGUUCAGCAGGGUUUUGGAUAGUUGGGUCCAAACGUCUCAUUUCUUCUGAAAUUGCAAAGUGUAUCGUGUGUCGUAAGUUGAGAGGUCACUUAGGGUGGCAACACAUGGCGGACUUACCUGUAGACAGACUCAAACCAGCACCUCCAUUUUCGUAUGUUGGGGUCGACGCAUUCGGACCUUGGCCGAUUGUGUACCGUCGUACUAGGGGAGGUGCCGCGAAUCAGAAACGUUGGGCCCUGUUAUUUUCUUGCUUAGUAACUAGGGCAAUUCAUAUUGAAGUGAUUGAGGAGUUAUCUAGUUCGUCCUUUAUCAACGCUCUCAGGAGGUUUGUGGCUAUCCGUGGCACUAACUUCGUCGGAGCUAUAGAAGAUCUUUCCAUUGAUGCUAAGUUCAUAGAGAAGCCUCCUGUGGUUCAGUUUCUCUCAAGGUCUAAUGCCAAGUGGAUAUUCAACCCUCCCCAUGCCUCACACAUGGGAGGAGCAUGGGGGCGUCUCAUCGGUGUGUCGCGCCGGAUACUCGAUUCGAUGCUUCUUCAAAACAAACACAAAGAUCUAACACACGAAAUCCUUGUGACUUUUAUGGCUGAGGUGUGCGCCAUAGUAAACAAUAGGCCUUUACUUCCUGUGUCAAGUGAUCCUGAAUCACCUUGCGUCUUAACACCCUCAUCUCUGCUCACCAUGAAAACCGCGGCCGACAUAGGACCUUUUCCUCUUUUUGGUCAGAAGGAUAUGUUGAAAUCGCACUGGAAGCAUGCACAAGUUCUUGCAGAGGAAUUCUGGUGUAGGUGGAGAACGGAGUAUUUGCAAACUCUCCAGACUCGUAAAAAGUGGACUAAGGACUGUCGCGAUGUUAAGUCUGGUGAUGUGGUUCUCAUGAAGGAUCAGAACUGUAGUCGUAACGAGUGGCCGAUGGGCAUUGUUGAGAGAACUUUUCCUAGUGAAGACGGGAGAGUCAGGAAAGUUGAACUGACUGUGGUAAAAGACGAUAAGCGUGUUUCGUAUGUUAGGCCUGUGUCACAACUCGUCACAAUCUUAGAAGUGAACUAA